AAUGGCGAAAGAGAAGGCAUGAGAAGAAGAAGCUUUAAUGGCGGGAGUGAUUAGGGCUAAGCAGCUGUUUCUAUGCUCGUCGAUUCUCUCGAGCAACAACAAUAAGGUUCUAUUACGCAUUCCUCGGCGUAGUAUCAAUGUAAUUGCGGGAAAUCUCAAUUCGAGCGAGACGAAGAAGAAGGAGAAAGAGAAGAGGAAGAGAAGGAAAGAGAUUGAGGUGGCAAGAGAGACGGCGGAAGCUGUGGUGAAUAAGGAAAAGAGAAGGACACGGUCGAGCAGAGAGUAUGAAAUCGCCGACGGUGACGAAGUUCCGUCCUCACAUGUGCCUGUGAUGCUCGGAGAAGUUCUUGACAUUUUCUCUUCGGUUCGCUUACGAAGUUUCGUUGAUUGUACUCUUGGCGCAGCUGGUCACUCUUCUUCUAUUAUUCAAAGCCACUCUGAAUUGAAGCAUUUUGUUGGAAUGGAUGUUGAUCCUGUGGCAAGGAAACUGGGUCACUUUCAUAUUGAUUCUCUUAUGCAUCCAACGUUAAAGGCUUCUAUUGUGUUGAAGAACUUCAAAUACAUCAAAUCUGUGAUCGCUGAUACAAAUCCGGAACUGUUAGAUGUAGGAGUUGAUGGUAUUCUUAUGGACCUGGGAAUGUCAUCUAUGCAGGUAAACAAUCCCGAAAGAGGGUUUAGCGUUCUUCAAGAGGGACCUCUUGAUAUGCGCAUGGAUCCUCAGGCGACUCUAACAGCAGAAGAUAUAGUGAAUGCGUGGCCAGAAUCUGAACUGGGAAGAGUUCUACGGGAUUAUGGCGAAGAAAGCAAUUGGUAUUUACUUCAAACUAGAAUUGUUAAGGCUCGACUUAAUGGCGGGUUACAUUCUACUGGUGAACUGGUGGAUCUCAUUCGGGGUAUGUCACCAGCAAGCAGAGGAGGCAGACAAGGUUGGAUAAAGACAGCAACACGUGUGUUUCAAGGCCUAAGGAUUGCGGUGAACGACGAACUCAAGACCCUACAAAACUCACUUUACUCAUCCUUCGAUGUUCUCGCUCCAGGUGGGAGACUAGCAGUCAUCUCCUUUCACAGUCUGGAGGAUCGGGUUGUAAAACAAACGUUCCUCGACAUCUUAGGGUUUCAAAGAGAAGAGAUAAACGGAGAGGGAAGUAGUGUAAAACCGGAAAGGCAAAUCGAAGAAAGAGUAGAGAAGGAAUUGAAAGAGAAAGAAGCGUGGAUCAAACAGACUGUAAUAGGGUCGAAAGGAGUAAUACUGACAAAGAGACCAAUAACGCCUUCAGAGGAAGAGGAAAGACUGAAUCGCAGAGCAAGGAGUGCUAAGUUAAGAAGUCUCUUCUUCUCUCCGUCGCGUUCCACUCCUGCCUCCUCCACACACCGUUCCGUCUCUUUUCUCCCGCCGGGAAACAAGUCACAGUGUCUGCCGCCGUUGCGUUCAAUGAGCCACGACGACGACACGGCCUCAAAGGAGGUGAAGCUAUGGGGCGGAAGGUUCGAAGAGAGUGUCACUGAGAAAGUGGAGAAGUUCACUGAGUCAAUUUCAUUCGAUAAGGUUCUCUACAAGCAGGACAUUAUGGGUAGCAAAGCUCAUGCUUCAAUGCUCGCUCACCAGGGUUUAAUAACCGAUAGCGACAAAGAUAGCAUUUUGAGAGGUCUUGAUGAUAUUGAGAGACAAAUUGAAGCAGAUAAGUUUGAAUGGAGGACUGAUCGAGAAGAUGUGCAUAUGAACAUUGAGGCAGCUCUUACUGAUCUUAUUGGUGAACCUGCAAAGAAACUUCACACCGCACGGAGCAGAAAUGACCAAGUUGCUACUGAUUUCAGGCUUUGGUGCCGUGAUGCUAUCGACACAAUAAUUAUCAAAAUCAGAAACCUUCAGAGAGCACUAGUUGAACUGGCUUUGAAGAAUGAGGCUUUGAUUGUUCCUGGUUAUACUCAUCUUCAAAGAGCUCAGCCUGUUUUACUCCCACACGUCCUCUUAACUUUUGUAGAGCAGCUUGAACGUGAUGCUGGUCGUUAUGUGGAUUGUCGAGCAAGGCUAAAUUUCUCCCCCCUAGGAGCUUGUGCUUUGGCUGGAACUGGUCUACCUAUUGAUAGGUUUAUGACUGCAAAUGCUCUUGGAUUUACCGAACCAAUGAGAAACAGUAUUGAUGCAGUCUCUGACCGAGAUUUCGUGCUGGAGUUCUUAUAUACAAAUUCGAACACAGCAAUACAUUUAUCACGGCUUGGGGAAGAGUGGGUACUAUGGGCUUCCGAGGAGUUUGGUUUCAUGACUCCAAGCGAUUCUGUGUCAACCGGAAGCAGUAUAAUGCCACAGAAGAAAAAUCCAGACCCAAUGGAACUUGUCAGAGGAAAAUCCGCGAGAGUCAUAGGCGAUCUGGUCACUGUUCUAACACUAUGCAAAGGACUUCCCCUUGCUUACAACCGAGAUUUUCAAGAAGACAAAGAGCCGAUGUUUGAUAGUACCAAGACAAUAAUGGGAAUGAUCGAUGUAUCUGCAGAAUUUGCCCAGAAUGUCACAUUCAACGAAGACAGAAUCAAGAAAAGUCUUCCUGCCGGACACCUUGACGCGACUACUCUCGCCGAUUAUCUUGUGAAGAAGGGGAUGCCUUUUAGGUCAUCUCAUGACAUAGUUGGAAAACUAGUUGGAGUUUGUGUCUCAAAAGGCUGUGAACUUCAGAACUUAAGCCUUGAAGAGAUGAAAAAGCUGAGCCCUGUGUUUGAAGAAGAUGUGUUUGGAUUUUUGGGCGUUGAAAAUUCAGUCAAUAAGUUCAGCUCCUAUGGGUCUACAGGAUCAAACUGUGUUGCUGAGCAACUUGGCUACUGGGUCAACAAGCUGAACAUUACUACCACCUGACCCGGACCAAACCAUUAGCAAAGGAUUUGAUGACAUUUGUGUAAUUUUCAUAUUUUAUUGAGGAUUUUGGUCGUUAAUACCAGGAAGCUUUGAGGAAGAACCCACAAACAAAAUAAGCUUUAUUGAAGUUC